AUGCACCACAGUCUUGGUGAAAUAAAUCUGGUUUACAACGGCCAGAAAUUAGCCAUACAUGCCGAACUUAAGGAGUGGGAUAUUCAAAGCUAUCCUAUCUUAUCAUACCAUGAUAUUCAUUUGAAGGUCACUUGCCUCUCCCUCGCACCGCAUUUCGAUUUUGGUAUUUGUAUUGAUUUGAAUAAUUUCCCGAAAUUGGAGACUUUCUACGGCGUGAAUUGGGAGAUGAUCGUUGACCACGAGCACCCCAGCUUGAAGGACUUAUAUCUCGACCUGGUGACUUUCAGGAAAUUACCGAUCAACUUGAAGACGUUGGUAGCAUCUUCUUCGUGCACCAUAGAAAUGAAUGAAGACCAUCCAAAACUACCCGCUCUCAGGGUGUUGGUUCUAGAAGGCACACAAGAGUCCGCCUAUUACUCCAUGCUACUCCAGAUACUUUGGAACAAAGAUUUGGAACAUUUUUCGUAUUGCACUGAAAAUGCGACAAAUAAGGAUGAAAUUUUCUCCAUGAUUGGCCCUAAAGUGAAACAUUUUGAAUUUUUUGGUAGAUUCUCGUCCAGAAUUCCCACGCUGUUACGCUCUUUAUACAAUCAUGGGGGUAAAAAGUCUAACAUGACAGCUUUCACUCAUAUGACUUCCCUUACAUUGGAUCUGCCACAAGGUUCUAUCGCCCAUUUAAGAUUUCCGCCCAACUUGCUAAAACUUUCCAUUACAUUUGGCAAGUUUAAAGAUUUGGCCAAAGUCGAUUUUCCCCCUAAAAUAGUUGACCUCGCGCUAGAGUUUUGUGACAUUACUCUGGCAGCAGGCUGGCUAAAACCAGCCGGAUUGAAGAGACUUUCACUUUCAGGAAAUAAGCUUUCAUCAUUUAAAGUCGAUCUUCCUUGCUGUGAAUUUUUGUACUUGAAAGACAAUUCUUUAACGGAUGUGGAGAUUGAAGCUCCAGCUCUUGAGCAUAUUGACAUAAGCGAAAAUAAGUUGACUUCUUUUCCCUCACUUCCAGGUUGCCUUAAAGUCCUUAUUCUCAGUAACAAUGAGCUAGAUCUUUCUCAGACACCACAAUUGCCUUCUAAUGUCAGGCGUUUAGACCUCUUGGGAGCUGGAACUGGAACUCUUCAAAAUUACACAUUCCCAUCAUCAUUACGUGAACUCCACCUCACGGAAGUAAACUUGUCAGGUAUGAGUGGAGUCAAAUUUGCCAGAGGAUCAAAAUUGAAAUACUUAAACUUGAGCAGUUCUAGCUUAAACAUAAUCGACGACAAUAUGAUCGAGCUACCCCCAGGUUUGGAAAUGCUAGACUUGUUUGGCAAUAACUUGCAAAGUAUAGAUGAUCUCACCAUACCGCAAACAGUUAAAUUUCUAGACUUGGGAUAUAACAAUUUGGAGUCAUUAAAAGUUGAGGCCCAUAUUGAGAUACUAAACCUCAAUGAAAAUCCAAUACACUUAAAUUUCACGGUAGCUAAGAAUCUGGAAUUAAGAGUUCUUGAUCUCAUGGGGAUUGGACUUACAGAGUUCUCAUUUGAUUAA